UUUCUCAACCUUUGAAACGAAGCCGUGGCAUUUGAUCGAUUUGAUUUUCUGUACAGACAAGGAAGAAAAUGGCCUUGUUCUGUCCGUCGAUUUCUACUCCUCCUAGGUCCAUCCCUCUUUCCUCAUCCAAACCCUUGAAAGGCGAUCGACCUCACCUGCACUUCUCCAACACCGCCCGUUUUAGAGCUUCUGCUGACGUUCCCGAUUUUCUCUCCAAGGACUGGCUCGAAUCUCGCAGGAAAAAACCUUUUGGCCCAAGUCUCAAUUUUAGUGCAGAAGAAGCAGUCCAGUGCCAACUUGAUGCAUUGAAAUACAAUGACCAGCCUCGUCCGGAUUAUGGGGUGGAAGUCAUGUAUAGGUUUGCUGGUUUUGAUCCAUUUGAGAGGUCUACCUAUUUUGGGCCCUUCUUUGAUUUGGGACAGUUUGAGCGGUUCAGGCGAAUUUUCCACCAUUCAACUUACCGGGUUCUACUGGGUCACAAGGAGAGGAAGAUCCUAAGUAGUUUGUCUGUGAAAGAGAAUCGAUUCAAGCAGAGGGUUUGGAUACGAGGGUCCCGCCCAGAGGAAGAAGAGAUAUUCCAAUUUACGAUGGUUCAGAGAGUGGGUGGUUCUUGGGAUGGUUACUGGCUGACAGAAAGCUUACUCCACGACGGUGAUGGGUUUUCUGGUGGUGUAGCUUAUUGACUGUGCUGAUGCUUCUGCUAUACCAAGUGUCAUGAGCAUGCGCUGUGAAUUACUGUUGUGAUUCAAGGUCUGCCGUCUCUCACCCUGCCUAUGCAUGUACAUAUGAUUUGUAAGUGCUUUACUUUGUAUGAAGGAAGCUUUGCUUAUAUGCUCUGUAAAUGGAAACUAAUAAAUGUGAAAGCAGGAGUUAGGAAAUAAAAGAAUAUGAUUUGUUGCCUCUGUUCAAA